AUGUAUGGGUAGGGACGUCCCAAGGAUCCCCGAUUGCACUGACCAAGCAAGAAUCAGGCUGCUGUUAGUUGCUGCAUUGACAACUGAAAAGCAUCGUGUCAGAUGGACCAAUGCAGCUGCAAUGGACAUAUUGGGAUAAUCUCCAGUAGCUAUCUGUCUCGGCUACAAAGCUUUCUUCAGAUGUACUCGCACCCCGGAAGUCAUCUUUAAUCAUCAAAUGGAAAAAGCCAAGAACAAGGUGUAAAUGUAUGGGCAUCAGAGAGCCCAGUAUGAAGAAGACAGGCAGGCCGGUGGGGACUAAGGCUCAGAGUGGAGAGAGGGGGAAGACUGAAGGCACUGCUACAGGAACCACCGGCAAGGCUGCAGCCAAGACCACCACAACAGCACCACUGUCAAAGGUUAAAAGCAAUGAUGAUCUGCUAGCAGCAAUGGCAGGGGGAACUCCAGCUACGAACCGCACUGUGACCAAGAAUAAGAGGACUGCCUCCACGGGGAACAGCAAUGGUAACCCAGACAGUAAACCAAAGACUAGCACAGGUUCCUCAGCCAAACGUGUGACGUCCUCGACCUCCAAGGAGCCCAACUCAUCAAGGGAUCGUCUGCGGACAUCCAGAACAUCGCCUAGUAAGAAGCAGUCAUCAGGGGCAGGGCAGGGAGAUGUGGCCCAGGGAAAGCGCUCUCGCAGCCAGCAGCUAGCAGAGUCAGAGAACCGCAUGAACAAGUCUAAAUCAGACAGCCAGAUCAGUGACAAGGUGGCCCUGGAGGCCAAGGUGGAGGACCUGCUGGGUUUGGCCAAGAGCAAAGACAUGGAGAUCCUGCACCUACGCAGUGAGCUGAGAGAUAUGAGGGCUCAGCUGGGCCUGGGACGGGAAGAGGUGCCCCCAGAGGAGGGAGAAGGCGGAAGGGGGGAGGAGAAGCCCCUGGAGAGGGAGGUGUCGGCCAUCACAGCAGCGGACGUGGAGUCCACGCUGCUCCUCCUGCAGGAGCAGAACCAUGCCAUCCGUGAGGAACUAAACCUGUUGAAGAGUGAGAACCGCAUGCUGAAGGACCGACUCAAUGCGCUUGGCUUCUCCCUGGAGCAGAGGCUGGAUGGCUCUGACAAGCUCUUUAACUACGCCUCCCUGAGCCCAGACCUGGCUGCCAGCAGCAGACACAGCGAUGGCAGGUGCACUGGUACCCUCACUUCCUCUGUGGAGGGCUCUGCUCCGGGCUCCCUGGAGGACCUGCUGACGGACCAACAGCACGGCGGUUCAUUGGACAACUUGGACAGUGAGUCCAGCGAGGUCUACCAGGGUGUCACAUCCAGCGACGACGCCCUGGACGCCCCCUCCGGAGCCUCCUCCUCCUCUGAGUCUGAGAGCCUGCCCAGCCGAGAACGCUCGUGCCGGGGCAGCAGCGGCAACGCCAGCGAGGUGUCUUUGGCCUGCCUGACAGAGCGAAUCCACCAAAUGGAGGAGAACCAGCACAGCACGGCCGAGGAGCUGCAGGCCACACUACAGGAGCUGGCUGACCUGCAGCAGAUCACCCAGGAGCUGAAUGGAGAGAAUGAGAGGCUAGGGGAAGAGAAGGUAAUCCUCAUGGACUCUCUGUGUCAGCAGAGCGACAAGCUGGAGCACUACGGCCGGCAGAUUGAGUACUUCCGCUCUCUGCUGGACGAUCACCACGUGUCCUACGUCCUGGAGGAGGACAUCAAGAGUGGCCGCUACAUGGAGCUGGAGCAGCGCUACGUGGACCUGGCCGACAACGCCCGCUUCGACAGGGAGCAGCUACUGGGGGUGCAGCAGCACCUCAGCAACACACUGAAGAUGGCUGAGCAGGACAACGCCGAGGCCCAGGAGUUGAUCGGCGCUCUGAAGGAGAGAAACCACCACAUGGAGCGCAUCAUGGAGUCAGAGAGGCAGGACCGGGGGGCCAUGGUGGCAGCGCUGGAGGAGUACAAGGCGGCGGUGAGCAGUGACCAGGUAGAGCUGAGCCGCUGCAGGGCCCAGCUGGACCAGGAGAGGCAGAAGGUGGCUGAGCUCUACUCCAUCCACAACUCUGGAGACAAGAGUGACAUCUGCCAGCUGCUGGAGGGUGUUCGGCUGGACAAGGAGGAGGCAGAGGGCAGGGCUGCCAAACUGCAGGAGGACCUGGGCCACGCCUGCAGUGAUGUCACCAGGCUGCAGGACACCCUCAAUAAGCUGGAUGGGGAGUACCAGGACUUCCAGGAACAGGUACAGAAGCAGAUGGCUGAGCAGAAGCGUGGGCUGGAGAAACAGCGCGGUGAGCUGCUGGAGAAGGAGACUGAGAUCGGGGACAUGAAGGAGACCAUAUUUGAGCUGGAGGAUGAGGUGGAGCAGCACCGAGCAGUCAAACUCCACGACAACCUCGUCAUCACAGACCUGGAGAACUCUGUGAAAAAACUACAGGACCAGAAGCAUGACAUGGAGCGGGAGAUUAAGAUCCUCCACCGGAGGCUGAGGGAAGAGUCGGCAGAGUGGCGUCAGUUCCAGGCUGAUCUGCAGACGGCUGUGGUCAUCGCUAAUGACAUCAAGUCGGAAGCACAGGAGGAGAUUGGGGAUAUGCGUCACCGUCUCCGCGAGGCCCAGGAGAAGAACGAGAAGCUGGGCAAGGAGCUGGAGGAAGUCAAGAACCGCAAGCAGGAUGAGGAGAGGGGCAGGGUGUAUAACUACAUGAAUGCAGUGGAGAGGGAUCUGGCUGCACUGAGGCAGGGUAUGGGCCUGAGCCGUCGGUCCUCUACCUCCUCAGAGCCCUCUCCCACCGUCAAAACCCUCAUCAAGAGCUUCGACAAUGCCUCCUCACAAGGUACCCCAACCUGCGAGUGCCUAGUCCCCCCGACCGCUGCCCCUGCUGUCACAUUACCACGCACUCCCCUGAGUCCCAGCCCCAUGAAGACCCCUCCUGCUGCCGCCAUCACACCCAUGCAGAGACAGUCCAUAACUGGGUCCAUCUCAGCAGCCAAACCCCUCUCCUCUCUUAAUGACAAAAGGCCCAGCUACACAGACAUCAGCAUGCCAGCAGAGCAUCAUCUUAGGGGCUCCUCUGCCAGCCGCCCUGCCUCUGCUCUGCAGAGGGUCUCAAACAUGGACUCAUCUAAGGCUAUGGCCAUAUCAGUGUCCCGCAGGAGCAGUGAGGAGAUGAAGAGGGACAUCUCUGCCCCUGAGGGUGGCACCUCGUCCUCUCUGAUGGCCAUGGGCUCUGCUUCCUCCCUGUCCUCCUCCUCUCCCACCGCCUCCGUCACCCCCACUGCACGCAGCCGCCUCCGAGAGGAGCGGAAGGACCCCCUCUCUGCGCUGGCCCGGGAGUAUGGGGGUUCCAAGAGGAACGCACUGCUCAAGUGGUGCCAGAAGAAGACUGAGGGGUACCAGAACAUCGACAUCACAAACUUCAGCAGCAGCUGGAACGACGGCCUUGCGUUCUGUGCUGUGCUACACACCUACCUGCCUGCUCACAUCCCCUACCAGGAGCUCACGAGCCAGGACAAGAGGCGAAAUUUCACACUAGCCUUCCAGGCUGCAGAGAGUGUGGGGAUCAAGUCCACUCUGGACCUCAAUGAGAUGGCCAGUACUGAGAGACCAGACUGGCAGAGUGUGAUGACCUACGUCACGGCCAUCUACAAGUACUUUGAGACCUGAUGUGAUUUCCCCACCCAACACUGCAAGCACAACCUGCAGCCCUGCUCGGAAGCUCCUCUGACCUCACUGCACCUCCAACACUUCAACUCGACAUUCAACUCUGGUGUUAUAGCUCACUUCACUGAACCACCCUUCAUCCCAGCCGUGCCACACGCCGGCCACUCUGUCUCUGGUCUAGAGGCCUGCUAGUUUUGAAUCGCCAUAAGAAACAUACAAAUAAGCUCACUGCAAGCUAUUCAUAAUAUUGCAAUUGUGAACAGUCUUGCCCUUUUCACUGACACCUUAAGUGUGAUGGACACACAGAUUAAGGGCACUUCAAGCACCUAUUCAGGGCCUGCUCUGUUGGGGAUUCUAUUUUUACUCUGAUCCGUUACUGGAUAACCCGGUUGAGAUGACCCUUAAUCCAAAUGAUCUGGUUAAACCAGUUGGAGAACAUGCUACAGACUAUCCCAGUCGUUGUGCCUUGCACCCAGCCUUUACUCUUCUAGCCAAGGGGUUAUCCAAAAUGUUUCAGCCAAACCAUACCCAUUGUGUAGUAUGUUCAUGGCACUUAUUUUCUAUGGAAAUAAGAGGGCCAAAUGGAACACUUUGUCAGUUGCAGGUUCCUCUUUUAUCAUGGAUUAAGUGCCUGUUUAAAUCACAUCACUGACUUCCUAAGAGGUUGUAGCAGAAAUGUCUCAAUGAAACUGUUUCAAUGCUCCAUGCUUUCAAAGCAUCUUUGGAGAAAUCGAAGUGAAGCUUUUUAGAAACACUAGUUAUUCAGCAGUUAUAUGAAAAACACUAGCUACAUCAUAAGGGAUAAAGCUGUCAGGUGCUCUCACGAUCACCUGUUAGAUUCAAGCUACAAUGUUGAUGUGCUUUUGGUCUGUUUUUAGGAGCGUGAACAUUGAUACAGUAGCAUUUUGUAUUGGUAACAGAGACCAAUGAACUUUACGGGACCAACACAAUGCCUCUCCGUGACAGCUUUCUCACAUAGAACUGUCUUAAUCCUGAACCAAAAAAGGAAUGUGUUUUUUCUUUAUGUGAAGUCCAGGGCUAGACUUGGCAAAAGCCCUGCUUCUUGGUGAUUUGAUUGGACUGUUUGGCCAGGAUGUUGAGUCUCAAGGUUGAACAUUCUUCAUAGUCACUUUUGUUGUCGUCAUCAAUCAAGAUUGGGAAAGUUUUUCAACUGCAAAAUGCAUCAGUUUUGCUGCUGGACCCAAAUGUAUUAACAUAUUGUUAGUGUUGACACAUUACUUCCACCAACAGCAGACUGAUUUGCAUUCCAUACAUUGAACUCCCAGGAUUGUUCACAGUACAGUGCUCUUGAACUACAAGAUUGAUGUGUUAUUAGAUACUCUGAGCUCAACUCACAAUGGAUUUAACUAAUCGUGUGUGUGUGUGUGUGUGUGUGUGUGUGUGUGUGUGUGUGUGUGUGUAAACAAACUUUUUGUAAGUUGAUAUAUUGCCAGUAACAUUUACCUAGCCUACAAAGAAAUUUGCACAGCGAAUUAUAACUACAAGAAAUGCUUAAGUAACACCUAUGUAAAUUAUAUAGCUAUCUUCACCCAAUUUACUUCAUUGAUAUAAAGCCUUACUAACAUUAAUGUGGAACUCAAUUCUAUGUAGUUUACAUAGUUGUCAAGAACGAUAUUGGAAUGAAGAAUGACUGUCAUGUUGUGCCUCUGCUUAUUAGUUUCUGUGGGUUUAUUAGUGUGGUUUAAUCCACCAUCCAGUAUAGCGAAGCAAGUGUUAGAAAUGUUAAAGGAUAUUAUAUAUACAAAAGUAUGUGGAUACCCCUCCAAAUGAGUGGAUUCGGCUAUUUCGGCCACACCCGUUGCUUUCAGGUGUAUGGAAUCGAGCACACAGCCAUGCAAUCUCCAUAGACAAACAUUGGCAGGAGAAUGGCCUUGCUAAAGAGUUCAGUGACUUUCAACCUGGCACUGUCAUAGGAUGCCACCUUUCCAACCAGUCAGCAGGGCAGAAAUUUGACAAACUAUAACUGCCCCGGUCAACUUUUAAAUUUUUUACAAAUUGUGAAGUGGAAAUGUCUAUGAGCAACAACAGCUCAGCCGCAAAGUGGUAGGCCACGCAUGCUCACAGAACGGGACCUGGAGUUGGCUCACAGACGUUGCCUGGAGUGGUGUAAAGCUUGUCGCCAUUGCACUCUGGAGCAGUGGAAACGGGUUCUCUGGAGUGAUGAAUCACACUUCACCAUCUGGCAGUGUGACAGACAAAUGUGGGUUUGGCGGCUGCCAGGAGAACGCUACCUGCCCGAAUGCAUAGUGCCAACUGUAAAGUUUGGUGGAGGAGGAAUAAAGAUCUGGGUCUUCGGGCUGCUUCCAGUGAAGGGAAAUCUUAACACUACAGCAUACUGACAUUUUAGACAAUUCUGUGCUUCCAACUUUGUGGCAACAGUUUGGGGAAGGCCCUUUCCUGUUUCAGCAUGACAAUGCCCCUGUGCACAAAGCGAGAAAUAUCUAGAAAUGGUUUGCACAGAGCCCUGACCUCAACUUCAUAAAACACCUUUGGGAUGAAUUGGAACGCCGACUGCAAGCCAGACCCAAUCGCCCAACAUCAGUGCCCGACCUCAGUAAUGCUUUUGUGGCUGAAUGGAAGCAAGUUCCUGCAACAUCUAGUGGAAAGCCUUCCCAGAAGAGUGGAGGCUGUUAUAGCAGCAAAGGGGGGGACCAACUCCAUAUUAUUGUCCAUGAUUUUGUAAUGAGAUGUUCGACGAGCAGGUGUCCACAUAUUUUUUGGUUAUGUAGUGUAUGUGACCAGUCUAUGACUUCAUCACACUGCUGCACUGAUAUCUCUCAUAAGCUCAUAACAUAAGCUGGCUUGUUGCCUUUCGUUUGUUUCCAACCACACUACUGUAUAAUUUCAGAAUGGCACAGGAAGCUGUGGAUACUCCCUCGUUGCCGUACCACCUUAGUUUAGGCCCCCAUACAUCUACGAUAUAACACACUUGCAUGUGGCGAUGAAACUUUUGAGGGACUUUAAAAAAAUAAAAAUUAUAUUUUUUAAAUAUAUUUGAAAGCACAUUUUCUCCGGUCUGCUUGCCAGGCACUGCAUGGUGAUUGAGGCACUCACUGACCAAGCACAACUAGGAGCAUGGGUGGUCGUUUUUUAUUUUUGUCGAUCAGUGUGGUUGGAGAGUAAGACUGUGCGGUUUAAGUUGUAGGGAGGGAUUGUAUGGAUGAACACUAAUUUGUGAGAGCGCAUGAGCUGUGAUUUUGUUAUGUACAGUAUUUACUGUUGAACAUUGCAUAGUAUGUUACAUCUAAAUCUCAUGUAUUUAUAUCUCCCAUUGCCAUUACUGCAAACCUGUGGCUAAAAUCUGACAUGCAUUGGAUCCAAACAGUAGUUGGUUUGCUAUGAUUCUAUUAUGUGAAGCUCCUCUGCUACUUCUUGCCAAGUACACAAUGUAAUAAUACUUGGGUGGGUGUGCUUAUAUUUGUCCUAUUUCACACAUGUACAAGUGUGUAUUAUACGCAUGUGAAUUUGAAAUGUAUUUUGCAUAUCCCUAAGACACCCUCGGAAUGUCUCUUGAUCAUGUUCCAAUAUACAUUGGUAUUGAUAAGUGGUACAGUGCCAUCAAAGUAUAGUACCCCUUGACUUAUUCCACUUUUUGUUGUUACAGCCUGAAUUCUAAAUGGAUUAACUACAUUUUUUUGAUCACAUCUACUGCACACAAUAUCCCAUAAUGACAACGUGAAUGCAUGUUUUUAGAGAUUUUUGCAAAUGUAUUCAAUUAAAUACUGAAAUAUCUCAAGUUGUCACACCCCUGAGUCAUUACUUUAUGGAAGCACCUUUUGUCAGUGAUUACAGCUGUGAGUCUUUCUGGGUAAGUCUCUUAGAGCUUUCCACACCUGGAUUGUGCAACAUUUGCUCAUUUUAGUAUUUUUUUUAUUCUUCAAGUUCUGUCAAAUUGGUUGUUGAUCAUUGCUAGAGAACCCUUUUCAGGUAUUGGCAUAGAUUUAAGUAAACUAACUCGGCCACUCAGGAACAUUCACUGUCUUCUUGGUAAGCAACUCCAGUGUAUAUUUGGCCUUGUUUUAGGUUGUCUUGCUGAAAGGAUUUUUCUGUGCUAAGCUCAAUUCUGUUUCUUUAUUACCCUGAAACUCCCCAGUCCCUAACUAUUACAAGCAUACCCAUAACAUGUUGCAGCAACUACUAUGCUUGAAAAUAUGAAGUGGUACUCUGUAAUUUGUUGUAUUGGAUUUACCCCAAACGUAACACUUUCUUCAGGGGAAAAAACAUACUUUUUUUGCAGUUUUACUUUAGUGCCUUGUUGCAAACAGGAUGCAUGUUUUUGAAUGUUGUAUUCUGUACAGUCUUCCUUCUUUUCACUCUGUCAAUUAGGUUAGUAUUUAGUAUUAUCACAGCCAAUAAACUCCAUGCAACCUAUUAUGUGAGUUGUUAAGCACAUUUUUACUCCUGAACUUAUUUAGGCCAUAACAAAAGGGUUGAAUACUUAUUGCCUCUGUUUUUAGCUUUUCAUUUUUGAUUAUUUUGUGUUUUUGACAUUAUGGUGUUGUGGGUAGGCCUGUGACACACAUCUCAAUUUAAUCCAUUUUAAAUGCAGGCUAUAACAGCAAUGUGGAGAAAGUCAAGGGGUGUGAAUACUUUCUGAAGCCACUGUAUAUGUUGUAAUUUAUGAGGACUGAAACUUUUCCCUAACAUUAUAGUCUGAUGUUUUGACAUUGUAUUAUCUAUCAUCUUGACAUAUCACCACUGAAGAACAUACAGUUGAAGUCUGAAGUUUACAUACAUUUUAGUUUGGAGUCAUUAAAACUCAUUUUUCAACCACU